GUUUAUUAUGUACAUAUUCAAGCUAUUGACUAACAGUAGCCGAUCUGUGAACGAACAGAGAACAUCGCAUUAUAUAAAUGUUGAGAACUUUCCGUUUUCGCAAUGUUUGGAACAAGUGUCAUUCGACACGAAAGUAUGUACAGAAAACAAGUGGAGAAGUUGAAGCGGAUUUUAAGAAAGCUAUAGAGAACUUGCCACGUAUUAAGCCACCAGGCCAGCCACCCAAAAUUUGGAAGUCGAUCGAAAAAGUGAGCAAUGAUGGCAAAACAAUGAAAUUUACGAUUCAAGAAAUUCCUGAAGACAGACAUGAAGAUGCAGUUCAACAUAUGUGUGAUCACUUUUUAGCCGAUGAACCAACUUGUCAAUGUUUGAAUGCGAUAAAUGACCCUGUAUUCGUACAAGAUAUGAGUACACUAUGGCGCUUAUUAAUCGCAGAAGGCAUUUCCAUAGCUGCCUUCACCGAUAACCCUAAUGGAGGGAAGCCUAUAAUUGCUGGUAUGAAUACAUUGGGUCUUGGUUUUAGAGACCAAAAAGAUAGUAUUUCAAAUUAUCAGUUUAAAUCACAAAAUUGCAAAAAUACACUCGAAAUUAUCACUGGUGCAACUAAAAUAAUAUACGAACAUUAUGGAGUAGACAAGUAUCUGUAUGCUAUUGGACUUAGCGUCGAUCCCGCUUAUCGAGGAUAUGGCUUAGGAAAAGAUAUUCUAAAACUUAGAGAACUUGUUGGACGCGAAUACAAUAUUCCGGCGACAGCCACAGUAUUCUCAUCGAUAAUCUCGCAAAAAUCUGCAAAAGGUGCAGGAUUCGAGGUAUUAAUGACAAAAGAUUUCGUCGAUAUCGUGGAUGAAAAUGGGAAGCAAUAUUUUCCCGGUAUUAAAUCCGAGAACUUUGAAGUCAUGGGAAAAAGAUUAUUAUAAUGCAAUACUGCGUGUUUAAGCCAACAUGCAUAAGAUUAUACGAAAAUGAAUCACCUAAUUUUUUAAAUUAAUUAUUAACAAUUUUUACUACUGUUGUUCAUAAUCGUCUUCAUAACGCAUGAAAUAAAAAGUAUAAUAAUAAAAAAUUGUUUUCGAUAUGUUCAUUGUACGUAUAUAUUCAACACAUUAUUAUCAGCUUUUAUAUCAAAGCAUAUUAAUAUUUAAACGUAGUUCCGUUCCAAUAAACAAUGACAUUGCAGUAAUUACAAAUGUAUUUGAAAUACGCAAGUGUUGUAAACUGUUAACUAUACAUAUUUCCACACAUACAUAGGAAAUAUGGGUUGCACGUUAAGUUAUCACGUCAAAACACGCCUGAAAUUUAAUGAUAAUACUAUAUCAACUAUCACGUGGGUAGAAUUUUAUAUGAUUGCAAUUUGUUUAUAGUACAAAGAAAAAUUUAAUUUAGAAAUCAUCCGAGAUAUAUAAUUUACAUAUAUAUUAUUUACUGGAAACAAUUGUAUUAAACGCUAUAAGUUUUUCUAAAUUUAAUAAAAUUGUCACGAUUUUA